AUGUGCAGCAAGAGAAAAUCUUCGAUACGAAAGAACUUGGAAGAGACUGAAAUUGUAACUGCUCAAGGGGAACAGGAAGAGGCUCUACCAGAUGAAGAAGCAACCACUGCUAAAGUUAAAAAGAAGAAAAAGAAGGAAGUGCGGCUUGUCGAGCCUGGGGAAGAAACGGCUGCUGCGGCUGCUGCCAGCAGUGCUGCUGCAGAGGACACGAGCCCACAGAUAGCAGACGAUGGCCGGGUGCUGAGUGUAACCAUUCACAAAACAGAUAGACUUCAGACAGACUUUCUUGUCUCCCAUCCUCUUGUCAAAGUGCAUGUGAUAGAUGGAGCUACUGGACAGUAUAUGAAGAAGUUCAAUAAGGAAAGGUCUGUCACUUCAUAUUAUGAGAUGCAGAAUCGAACUGUAGACCACAUUCUGCCAAUUGCGACACAGCCUUUUGACUUCAAAAUACGAAAGUAAGAUCAUACUAUUUAUUGGCUAAGAUAAUAUAAGAUAAGAUAAGGCACAUGUUUUAUAUGCAAGAAAUGGCAAUACUUCAUUAUGGCAUUCUACAUGUGACGUCUGGGAGUAUCUCUUGUUUAAGGAUACACUCAGGGUUACAGACAGGUACCCGGGCUAUGAAGGGCACUACAAUAUGACUGCUCAUUAAAUCCAAUCAAACACACAUCUAUUUAAUAACCGAGGAGUCGCUCUACACUCACCAUGGAAAUUAUCACAGAAACCUCAUCGCUAAUUACGUGACAGCACAAAUUGUAAAUUAUAUGAAAAAAAUGCUUUUAUCAACAUUUCUCAGAAACAGCAAAGGGCUGGAACCUAAAUGUUUAGCCAUAAGUUGUUCAUAGUAUGCACUAGUAAAGGGUCCAUGGAAUUUUAAGAAAUAAAUUGAAAAGAUGCACGAAAAUCUGUAAUGUUUUUAUGACACAACAAUAAUGUAAAUAAAGAGCCAAAACUUCUAAAAUAUAAUCUUUCAUAAAAAAUCCAGAGAGCCCUUUACUCCAUUAUGUGUUAGCAUUGAAACAGAACCAAAAUAUUUCGAAUCGGAGUUGUGAGUUCUGAGAAUCGAUAUUGAAACAUCAGCCACUGCAGCAUUAAUAACAACAUUAGAGUUGUGUAUUUAAAAGGCAAACCGAGGCUUGCACAGCCAGGUUGGCAU